AUAAUGAAGAAUUUAGUCUUGAUGUAUCUUUGUUAAAACUUAUGAGAUAUAGUAAGGAACCCAAUACAAGCAAGAUUUUUUCAAAAUAUUUACAACAAAAGGCUUAUGAUUUUAUUGAAAACUCAUUACAUCAUCCAAGCAAAAGUUGA